GUGGGGAGCUAGCCUGCAGCAUUGCCGAACCGCCCGGCCUCGGGCAUUGCGGCGACCUGCCGGAGCUCGUGCCCAGCCUUGUCCGUUAUCCUGACCAGCCUUGCAUCCCACUCCUUUUUGAGUGUUCCUAUUCACUCAUCGCCUACCAGCUACGGAAGUGGGAUCUCGAUGGCCGGGCUCUUGCCGACGGCAAGACUCAUCGUGUUAGCACAGGCCGAUAGCGCCACAGCUUAGAUACCCCAUAUCAACAUUUCUUCACUGGUUAUACUCAGCCUUGGCCCGUUUGCAAAAGGGAUUCUUGCUCGUCCUUGAAGUGCUCAAUCCUUCCAACGAACAGUCUGUCCAUGCAUGAUCGUUGAAAACCUAAUUUCUGCGCAAACAUGAUCUUCAACGCACCAGACUUCCUGCCACCGCUGCCCGAAGUCCCUGACAAUGUUCCGCUAUGUGAUUUCAUGUUCGACGAGCAGUACGGCAGACGACCAAUAUCUCAGUCAUUGGAUGCGUAUACCUGCGGCAUCACCGGCAGAAGCAUAUCUGCGGAGGACCAGAAAUCACGAGUCUCUUUCCUAGCGAGAUCACUGGCCAACGAACUAGGAUGGAAGGUGAACGUGGGCAGCGAGUAUGACAAAGUCGUCGGUGUCUUUGCGCACAACACCAUCGAUAUCAUGACGGUCAACUGGGCGAUCCAUCGGGUCAACGGCAUUUCGUCACCAGCAAACGCCGUGUACUCUGUCGACGAGCUCAAGUACCAGCUUAGCUACUCAAAUUGCAAAGCCUUAUUCACUGUCAUGUCCCUGUUGCCGGUGGCUCUCGAAGCAGCUGCCAAGUCAGGGUUGCCUAAAAAUCGCAUCUAUAUCUGUGAGAUGCCAGGAGAUGGUUCAGUCCCGGCAGAUUACAAAACCAUCUCCCAAUUGAUAAAGGACGGUCAACGACUACCGGACCUGGAACAGAUACGGUGGUCCGCGGGACAGGGUGCUCGCCAGACUGCAUUUCUGUGCUAUUCGAGUGGAACGUCAGGUCUUCCCAAAGCCGUGAUGAUUUCUCACCACAAUGUCAUAGCCAACACCAUCCAAAGCUGUCUCUUUGAGAAAGGCAGCCGUGAUAAGAUAUCGCCAGAUUAUCGGGAUGUGGCUCUGGGCCUGUUACCACAAUCUCAUAUUUAUGGACUGGUCCUCAUUGGUCACGCAUCAACGUACCGAGGUGACCAAGUGAUUGUCCUUCCCAAGUUCGAAACGCAGACCUAUCUGAAAGCCAUUGCGAAGUACAGGAUCAACACAUUGUACCUCGUUCCACCGAUUAUCCUUAUGAUGGCGAAAAACGAGGAGUUGCUGAACAAGUUUGAUCUCGCCUCCGUGCGAGAGAUCUAUUCCGGAGCAGCACCACUGGCUAGAGAGAUCCUUCAGGAGUUGACGAGACGUUAUCCCGCGUGGAAGAUCCGGCAAGCAUAUGGCCUCACAGAGUGCUCGCCCCUAGUCACAGCCACGAUCUCGGAAGACGUAUGGCCGGGUUCCUCAGGGUCUCUCAUUCCAGGAUGUGCCAUCAAGCUUGUCGACGACGAUGGGAAUGAAGUAACAGGCUAUGACGAGGCAGGUGAAGUUCUCGUCAGGUCGCCUGCGGUAGUCUUGGGGUAUCUCAAAAACGAAAAGGCGACCAAUGAGACCUUCAUCGAUCUUCCUGACGGUCGAUUUUUGCGAACAGGAGACAAAGGGGAAAUUCGGAUAUCCCCAGAGUCCGGUGUUGAGCAUUUGUGGAUCGUCGAUCGCAUCAAGGAGCUGAUCAAGGUAAAGGGACACCAAGUUGCUCCUGCUGAAUUGGAGGCUUAUCUGCUUGACCAUCCUGCAGUUGCAGACUGCGCUGUUAUCUCUGUGCCGGACGAGGCGGCAGGAGAAGUCCCUAAGGCAUUUGUUGUCCUGUCUCCCUCUGCUUCGCUUGGGUCCGACUCGAAAGAGACCAUCGCAAGGAGCAUCCAGCAAUACGUGGAGAAGGGGAAAGCGCGCUACAAAUGGAUUUCUGGAGGAAUCCAAUUCGUCGACGUAAUCCCGAAAUCUGCGUCCGGCAAGAUCUUGAGACGAUUGCUCCGCGACUCUGAACGUGAGAAUAGGAGGGCGGCUGGCGCCAAAAUAUGA